GGGUCGUUCAUGUUCUAAAAUAUGUCUCACACAGGUGUAUCCUAAAGGUGACAAAAACAGUGCAGUAAAAGCUUACGUUAUUCUUGACGACCAGAGCAAUCGUUCCUUAGCUAGGCCGGAGUUCUUCGAACUUUUUAACAUUAGAACCGAACCUGUCUCUUACCACCUGAGAACUUGCUCUGGGCUAGUUGAAACAUGGGGCAAAACGGCUGAAGGCUUUCAGAUAGAGUCUUUAGAUGGGUCAGUAGUAAUCCCACUGCCACCUCUCAUUGAAUGUCAGGACAUUCCUAAUAACAGAAGUGAAAUCCCAACUCCAAACGCUGCACUGCACCAGCCACAUCUCAAGUCCAUUGCAAAGUACAUUCCAGAGUUGGACCCUAAAGCAGAGAUAUUCCUGCUGCUAGGACGAGAUGUUUUGCGUGCACACAAAGUCAGGGAACAAGUCAAUGGCCCUCAUCAUGCACCCUUUGCCAACGCCUAGAUUUAGGGUGGGUAGUAAUCGGGGAGGUGUGUGUAGGUAAUGUCCACAAGGAAACAGUCAGCUCAUACAAAACAGUGAUACUUGAAAAUGGCCGUCCAACAGUCUUUGGGAAAUGUGAUAGCUUCCUGCAACUAAAAGAAAUGUCACACACAGCUAGGCCCAGCAAGGCACCUGAACUAGCGCUGGGACAAACAGCUUUCAGUCGCACUGAAAAUGACAACAAGCUAGCUCCCUCCAUAGAGGACACUCUCUUUUUAGAGAUAAUGGACAAAGCCAUGUACAGAGACGACAACAGUAGCUGGGUCGCCCCUCUACCCUUUAAAGAGCCUCGCCAACCAAUGCCAAACAACAGAGAGUUAGCACUCAGUCGAUUUUCCUCUCUCAAAAGGAGCAUGCAGAGGAAACCCCACAUGCAGCAACAAUAUGUGGAGUUCAUGGGAGCCAUCUUCUCAAAUGGUCACGCGGAAGUAGCACCUGAUUUAAAGCAAGGAGAAGAGUGCUGGUUUCUUCCGACAUUCGGGGUUUACCACCCUCAAAAGCCCAACAAGAUCAGGGUAGUUUUCGAGUCCAGCGCCCAACACUCUGGCGUCUCACUCAACAACGUACUCCUCACAGGCCCAGAUCUUAAUAACAGCCUCAUUGGGGUACUCCUUCGCUUCCGCAAAGAACCUGUCGCUAUCAUGGCCGACAUACAGCAAAUGUUUCACUGUUUCAUGGUGCGCGAAGACCAUCGUAACUACCUCCGUUUUCUGUGGCACAAGGACAAUGAUGUUAACAAGGAAGUCAUAGACUAUCGCAUGAAAGUCCACGUGUUUGGCAACUCACCGUCUCCUGCCAUUGCUGUUUAUGGACUGCGCAAGGCCAUUCAAGCAGGAGCAAAAGAGCAUGGGACUGACACAGUCAAGUUCGUGGAGAGGCACUUUUAUGUAGAUGAUGGCCUCAUCUCUUUGCCCUCUCCAGCCGAAGCAAUCGACUUGCUCCAAAGGACUCAAGCCUCACUUGCUGAGUCCAACCUCUGCCUGCACAAGUUUGCUUCCAACUCUCAGGCGGUCAUGCAGGCCUUCUGCCCUGAAGAUUGUGCAGCAGUAGUAAAGGACUUAGAUCUUGGUGGCGAAGAAACCCAGUCACAGAGAAGUCUGGGUCUCAUUUGGGGAAACUAUGACAGACACUUUCACUUUUUCAGUGGCCACCACAGACAAGCCAUUCACACGGCGCGGUGUCCUGUCAUCUGUUAAUAGUGUCUUUGAUCCAAUGGGCCUAUUAGCACCAGUCACAAUCCAAGGAAGGGCUUUGCUCAGAGAACUCACUUCUGAAAAUUCAGAUUGGGACACUCCACUUCCGGAAGACAAGCAAAGCAAAUGGGAAGCUUGGAGAGGUUCCCUCAAAGACUUGAAAGAGCUUCAUGUCCCGAGAAUGUACACAACAACCUCUCUGAGUCAAGCAAAAUACAAAGAACUGUAUCUGUUUUCGGACGCUUCAACCAAAGCCAUAGGCGCUGUAGCCUACUUAAGAGCAGUCUUUCCAGACAACAAAGUCGAGACCGGAUUUGUCAUGGGCAAAGCAAGACUAGCCCCUCAGUCAGAACCCACUAUACCAAGACUUGAACUAUGCGCCGCCGUCUUGGCAGCAGAGAUGGCUGAUCUAAUUCAGGAUGAGUUAGACAUUCAGUUUGAUGCAGUUCACUUUUACACAGACAGUAAGGUAGUCUUGGGCUACAUCUGCAGUGAGUCAAAGAGAUUCUACACAUAUGUUCACAACAGAGUGCAGCGCAUUCGUCAGUCUUCAAAACCGGAACAGUGGCACUAUGUGCGCACCGAGGAAAACCCAGCGGAUCAUGCAUCUCGCUCGCUCACAGCAACUCAACUAACAAAGACAACUUGGUUCACUGGACCUUCCUUCAUUCGUCGUCCACCUGCAGAAACAAAGCAAGAAAGCAAAACGUUUGAGUUAGUUGAACCAGACAAAGACUGUGAAAUCAGACCACAAGUUAAAACUUGCGCCACUCACCUCCAAGUACUCACCUGCAAACGCUUUGAACACUUCUCCACCUUCAAGUCCUUAGUCAGAGCAGUAGCGUUCCUCAUUCACAUCGCAAAGUCUUUCAACGGCACAAAUCCAAACAGUGAAUGCAAAGGGUGGCACAAAUGCAACUUACCUCGAACACAAGAUGAAAUGACCAAAGCAAAGCACAUCAUUCUUCAAAAGGCUCAACAGGCCGCCUUCGAAAAAGAACUGUCUGCCCACAAAGCUGGCAAACCAAUUUCAAAACAGAGCCCCUUGCUGAGACUCAGCCCAGUCCUUCACAACGACCUCAUUUCAAUUGGAGGCCGUCUCAAACACUCAGAGCUCGAGAACUUUGAAAAGAGCUCAAUUGUUCUCCCUAAAGACAGUCACAUCUCACUCCUGCUCACUCGUCACUACCACGAGCGGGUCCACCACCAAGGCCGUCAUCUGACGGACGGGGCAAUAAGGGCAGCAGGACUGUGGAUAAUAGGUGGCAAAAGACUUGUAAACUCAGUAAUCCACAAAUGCAUCACCUGUCGCAAACUACAUGGAAAACAGGAACAACGCAUGGCAGAUCUUCCACCAGAACGACUGAAAACAUGUCCUCCCUUUAGUUACGUCGGCCUUGACGUUUUCGGGCCAUGGACUGUCACUAGUAGACGUACUAGAGGUGGACAUGCACAAAGUAAGCGCUGGGCCAUCAUGUUUAGCUGUAUGAGUUCGAGAGCCGUUCAUAUUGAGGUGAUCGAUUCUUUGGACACGUCCAGCUGCGUCAAUGCCCUGAGACGCUUCUUCUCACUAAGAGGACCCGCCAAAAAACUAUUAUCGGAUCGUGGCACUAACUUCAUCGGAGCUUCUAAGGAGUUAGGCAUGGACAAGACACUUGAAAACUAUCUAAAGGACCAAGGCUGCAGCUGGGAAUUCAACCCACCACACGCCUCUCACAUGGGAGGCUCCUGGGAGCGAAUGAUCGGUGUUGCUUGGAGAAUACUGGACUCUAUGCUGCUCCAAAGUAAGGUACAACUCACUCACGACGUGUUGUGCACGCUCAUGGCCGAAGUCACCGCAAUCAUAAAUGCACGGCCGCUCCUUCCAGUUUCUUCCGACCCCGACAAUCCUUUCAUUCUAUCUCCAUCAAUGUUGCUCACCCAGAAAUCUUGCCUUCUUCCACCUCCUGGAAAUUUCAUGGACAAAGACCUUUACACCAAGCAAUGGAGACAAGUUCAGGCUCUUGCUAACCAGUUUUGGACACGCUGGAGGCGAGAGUACCUGCCGUCACUACAAAAAAGACAAAAAUGGACUGUUUCUCGAAGGAAUCUUCAAGUUGGUGACCUAGUUUUGCUGAAAAACAAGCAGGCCCCACGCAACAGCUGGCCCAUGGCUAGAGUCACUACCACAUUUCCUGGAAAGGACAGUCACGUGAAGAAGAUUGAGAUCAAAGUAAGCGAUCAAGGCAGUGUAAAGACUUUUAUGCGACCAGUCACCGAAGUCAUUCUUCUUCUGCCAAUGGACACUUCUUGCAAAGUUUAGUUAGCUAUAGUGGCCUACGAGGCCAGGCGGGGAGUGUGUUGCCCUUAAGGCAAUUGUUUUUCUUUAAUAAAUAAUUUCAUGUGUUUAAAAUAUGGUACAAGGCUAAAAACGGUUGUAAUUUCAUUAAGAAGUGUUUUACAUAAAUAUUUCAUGUUUAUUUGUGCUUUUGGUUAAAAAAUAUAGCGAAAUACUACUACUUCCGGUUUUGCCGCGCGACUUCCGGUUUCGGUGUUCUCAUGGUAAACAAGACGCAUGCUAUGGCUGGCUUGACUGUCAUAUGUCCAAUCUGUCUCCAUCCACCUUGAAGUAUUAACAAGGCAAUGCCUUUUCACCAUCCGAAGAGGGAAAUUAAAGCCUCAAUAACACGUCCCCUGUGGUCCCGGUCCUUCUUUGGUGGUUUAACU